AGCUCGAUUCCGGCGAGAUUUAGAGCUUUCUUUGGCAAUCAGUGGAGGGGGUCUCUGAUUUAUAUAGUCUCCAGAAAGAAGGGUGUGACAUGGAUAAGUACGAGGUAAUCAAGGAAAUAGGAUCGGGCAAUUUCGGAGUUGCCAGGCUCAUGAGGAACAAGGAGACCAAAGAACUUGUUGCCAUGAAGUACAUCGAGCGAGGUCGCAAGAUUGACGAGAAUGUGGCCAGAGAGAUUAUUAAUCACAGAUCACUUUGCCACCCAAAUAUCAUUCGCUUCAAAGAGCUGAUUUUGACGCCCACCCAUCUUGCUAUUGUCAUGGAAUAUGCAGCGGGGGGCGAGCUCUUUGAGAGAAUAUGCAAUGCUGGAAGAUUCAGCGAAGAUGAGGCCAGAUAUUUCUUCCAGCAGCUCAUCUCAGGAGUUUGCUUCUGCCAUGCCAUGCAAAUAUGUCAUAGAGAUUUGAAGCUGGAGAACACCCUCUUAGAUGGAAGCCCUGCGCCGAGACUUAAAAUAUGUGAUUUUGGGUAUUCUAAGUCUUCUCUGCUUCAUUCAAGACCUAAAUCCACAGUCGGAACUCCAGCAUACAUUGCACCGGAGGUUCUCUCUAGGAGGGAAUAUGAUGGCAAGUUGGCAGAUGUUUGGUCCUGUGGUGCGACUCUUUAUGUGAUGCUUGUGGGAGCAUACCCCUUCGAAGACCCGGAAGAUCCAAAAAACUUCAGAAAGACUAUUAAUCGGAUCAUGGCUGUUCAGUACAAGAUCCCUGAUUACGUUCACAUAUCCCAAGAUUGCAGACAUCUCCUUUCGCGCAUAUUUGUUGCAAAUCCAUCAAGGAGAAUCACCAUCAAAGAAAUCAAGUCUCACCCAUGGUUUUUAAGGAACUUGCCUCGUGAAUUAACGGAGGCAGCUCAAGCAAAGUACUACAGAAAAGAAAACCCAAUCUUACUACGGGAAUUAACGGAGGCAGCUCAAGCGAAGUACAGAAAAGAAAACCCAAGCUUCUCCCCUCAGAGUGUGGAGGAGAUCUUGAAAAUUGUGGAAGAGGCCAAAAGACAGGCUCCACCAUCGCACUCCCGCGGGAGCUUUGGCUGGGAAGAGGAUGAAGAUGGUGAUCCAAAGGAGGAAGAUGUGGAGAAAGAAGAAGAAGAAGAUGAUGAUGAAGAUGAAUACGAUAAGAGAGUCAAGGAGGUGCACGCCAGUGGAGAAAUCCGCGUCAUUUAAUAUAUCUGUUUUCCUCUCAGUACAGAUCUAUAAGCUAUUGAAUGGGCAUCUAUAUAGAUGAAGGUGAAUGUUUGUAUUUGAAGGAAGAGAGGGUCGGCUUGGCAAGUAGAUCCUGAUGUCUGAGUGUGUGCAAAUUGGUGGAGUUAUUUAAUGAUUGAUUCAUGCUGCUUGUGAAUUUAGA